AUGUCUGUGGAGAAAGUAUUCGACGAGCUCGGACAUUUCAAAAGAUUUCAGGCAUGUCUGUACUUUGCGGCAGUCUUCCAGGCCAUAGCUUGUGGAAUCCACUACCUGGCCUCAGUUUUUCUGGUGGAAACUCCAAAUUUUGUGUCUAGCGUGCCCGGCAACAUCACCGACGUUCUGUAUGGUAACGUGACAGCAAGCAGCCUGGAAGAAAUCUUACCAGUCUUCAAAUCAGGUAGUGGACCGCUGGUGGUGAAGACCGCAAAAGGAGAACAGUGGGAGCUAAGCCGGUGCCGCUGCACCCUUCGCAUCAACCCAACACACUUUUCGUAUGACUUCGAUGGCAACAAAACAGUGAAAGAAUGUACAGGGAACUUUGUUUAUGAUCAUACCGAAGUUUACCAAAGCAUUGUGACCGACUGGGACUUGGUAUGUGAUAAAGAGUGGCUGGCCAAGCUGUGCCAGCCCACAUUCAUGCUCGGGGUGCUGAUUGGAGCGCUGGUGUUUGGGGACGUUGCUGACAGAAUUGGCCGUGUGAAGAUUCUGAUGCUCACCAGCGUUUGUCAGUUUGGGUUCGGAGUAGCUGUAGCAUUCUCCGGAAACUACUAUUUCUUUGUGGUGCUCCGCUUUCUCCUUGCUAUGGUGUCUAGUGGCUAUCUGGUGGUGGUCUUUGUCUAUGUAACAGAGUUCACUGGCAACAAGGUACGCACAUGGACAUCGAUGCAUGUGCAUGCAGCCUUUGCCGUUGGCGUCAUGAUGGUGGCUCUGACUGGUUACCUAGUGCGGGUGUGGUGGAUCUACCAGAUAGUCCUCUCCAUAUGCACCGCACCUUUCUUGCUCUUUUGCUGGAAGUUUCCCGAGACCCCCUUUUACUUGAUGGCCAAGGGCUGCUAUGAGGAAACUGAGAAACUGCUGAAUGUGAUUGCCCGUGUCAACGGCCUUGAAUGCAGGCUGAAAGCUGAGGAUCUCCUGGAGCCAGGGAAGAGAGAAGAUGGCAAAAGUCUGCUGAAGGGAGACACAGAGGAGCAGUCAUCCAAGCCUGAGAAGAAGCUAACCAUCGUGGACCUGUUUGGCAGCUGGAGGAUGGCCGGUCGUACAUGCACAGUGUGGGCCAUCUGGUUCAUCGGCAGCCUGGGCUACUACGUCUUCUCUCUGGGCUCAGUAAAUCUGGGAGGAAACCAGUAUGUUAACCUCUUCCUCGCCGGUGCAGUGGAGCUCCCCUCUUAUCUGGUUGGCUGCUUUGCAAUGGAUCGGAUUGGAAGGAAGAAGACGUGUGCCCCAGCUCUGCUCCUGGCCGCGGUCGCCUGUUUUCUCAUCAUUGUGGUACCUGCUGACAUAGAGAUCCUAACUAUUGUUCUGAGUAUGAUAGGAAAGUUUGCUAUUGCGAUUGCCUUUGGUCUCAUCUACCUCUACACCUGCGAGCUUUACCCGACUAUCAUCAGGUCUUUGGCUGUAGGUAGUGGCAGUAUGAUGUGCCGUGUCGGCAGUGUGGUGGCCCCUUUCUGUGUCUACCUGGCUGACAUCUGGAUCUACCUACCUCAGCUUAUUGUGGGAAUUCUGGCAUUAAUUUUUGGAGUACUCGCACUGUUUCUGCCUGAGACCCUUGGCAAACCUCUGACAACCACCUUGGAAGAGGCUGAAUCUCUGGGACGUAAGCCCAGCAAGAUGAACGACAGACUGGAGCUGAACCAGCAUGGAGCAAAAGCUUGAGCCGUACACUUCAGGGAACACAGAGAUCUACACACAAGGAGACAAGCUGUGGAAGAGAGACGAGGUGACAACAGUUAAGU